CAUAGGAAUACAUUAUAAUUCCAUUAAUUCGUUCCACAGUCCAAAAACCUGCACUAAAUCCUUAAAAAAUACUGCUGGUGCUAUUACAAAUGGCAAUUACACGUAGCAAAACAAAUAAAUUAUAAAUCAAAAUUGGAAUAAUGUAAUAAAAAGAAUAAUAAUAAUUCCUGUAAUAGUGUAACGAAUCGGGUUCUAAUAAGGCGGACGUUUAUUUGUGUACCUGAACGCACCGCGGGGCUCACGUGCCAGAGACGGACCGGUGAGUUGAGUUUCACUUUCACUUUGAAUGUUCUCUUGAGAACAGCAGACAGCAUGCGUUUUGUGUUGAAUAAGUUGUGAAAGAAAUGAUGAAAGCUGGCGAUUUCUUUGGAGACAAUAAGAAUUGUCAGCUUAAUUUAUAAAGACUGGCGAACGAUGGUCGGAGGAGGACCGUGGAGAUGUAUUGUUGAGCCAUUUCACGGAUGCCCACCCCACGCUCAUAUUUUUCUGUCAUUUGCAUCUUCAUUUCGAAGAUUUAUCAGAGACCUUUGGUGUACGUCUUCAAUGUUGUGACAGGAGAAACCUUACCAGUUAUGGAUCCCUCUGAAAUAUGUCAAAAUAUGUCAGUGGCCCAAUUAAAAACGGCAGUUUCUGCACAGAGUGGACUCCCCGUCUGUGCCUUUAGACUAACUACAUCUGCUGGAGUUCAACUAUACGAUUGCAACACCCUACAAGACUAUGCCAUCGCAAUGGGUGCAAAACUUCGUUUGGAUACAUGGGAUGGCUGGGUGGAAUACCUCCAAGGUUGCCUCCUUGGUCACAGAGCAACAGUCCAGAAUCAUUUAUCAGAGGAGAGACUUGUUAUGAGGUUUCAACUGCGGGUAGCACUCUACAUUGCGGCAUUUUUUGGCCACUUGGAGCUAGCAGAUUGGUUAUUGCGUAGAGGUGCACACGCUUAUGAGCCAGUCGGGGUCCAUCCAUGCCGCCAGUGGUGCCACCAGACUGCCCACAAAAACACGAGAAGAUGCCCCAUCCAUGUAGCUGCAGAGAACAAUCAGCUCCUCAUCCUCAAGCUAUUUGUCACCAAGAAUGCUAUGACUUUAGCAUGUUGGGAUGCGGAUGGACUGGACCCUUUGAAAAUUGCUAUUCGACAUAGACACAGAGAGUGUGUGUACUAUCUAGCAGAAAAGCUAUGUUCGGUGGUGUCCCUGGUAAAUGGUUCCCUGCCAAUGCGAAUCUACCUUCAGAUGAGGCGUUGGCUACUCUCAGUGAAGCGAAGAAUGGCCUCAACUUGCUACCAGUAUUGCUUUAACGGCAAAGUGCUGUUGGUAGAUGGCUUCACUCAGCCAAACAUGUCCUCCAAACCAAAGAGAGCAGAAGCCGAACGAAGAAACAGAAACUUAGUUUUUUCCAACAACAGGGUGUUGCCACAUCUUCAAAGCAAGCUGCCCGUGAAACCUGCUGGCUUUAAUAAAGAGCUAACGAGGAAGCCAAAACACAGUGGUUUGGGUGACACCAAUGAAGAAGACAGUGGCCUAUCUAGCUGCCAAUAUUCACUCCCACCUCUGACCAGAAAACACAUUCCAUGGCAAGCAUUUGUUGGCACAUCACCAACCGUCUUCAACACGCCUAUGCACCCCGGAGGCCGAACAGCCAGAGAAAAUGCAAUAUACUUCUUGACAGUCUCUAGGUUUCUAUUCUUCCUAUUUUAUAUCUUAUUCCAGUGUUUCACAUUUGGUGUUGAGUCGAGGUACCUAUUUUAACAAGGACAAAAUCUCACGCCAUUGCACCAAAUGUGGUAACGUACUAUUCGCUAGUAAGCCACUUAACUGUUUUGUGUGUCAUUAUGGAUAUAGUAGCUGGCA